AAUACAAAUUGCAAUCACGCUCAAACGCUCAAUUCAGUCAAUUGUCAAUUCUUAUUUCUUAAUAGUUAAUACCAAGUAAUAAGCAUUAAGUAUAUAUAAUAAUAUUAUAGUUUAAAUACGUAUAGUACCUCUUAUUAAGUUCAAAACUCAUCUACUGGAAAAAUGGCUCAAGGAAUGGUUUUUGAAGAUAUAUUCAAUGUAAAAGACAUAGAUCCAAAUGGCAAACAGUUUGAUCGAGUGAGCCGUCUGCAUUGCGAGAGCGAAUCGUUCAAGAUGGAAUUGAUCUUGGAUAUCAAUUCAUGGAUUUAUCCUAUGGAUUUGGGUGAUAAGUUCCGAUUGGUGUUGGCCACGACGUUGCGCGAAGAUGGACAGCCUGACGCUGGCGAUUGGAACCCCAUAGAGAUGGAUCAGAACGGCUGUCGGGCCGACAGUUUCGAGUAUGUCAUGUAUGGCAAGAUCUAUCGGAUCGAAGGCGACGACAAGGUGAAGGAGUCGCACAAGAACAAACUUGCCGCUUACGUGUCAUUCGGCGGAUUAUUGAUGCGACUUCUGGGUGACCCAAACAAUUUACACGGAUUCGAAGUGGACCAAUGCGUUUACUUGCUGAUGAAGAAAUUAGCUUUUUAAAGUUAUCUACAAUUGUAGGGGGGAGGGGACCGUAAUCAGCUUGCGAACAUUGACUGUAUACAUUUUUAUACAAUUAAAAUAUAUAAACAUUACAUAAUA